AACGACAACGACGAAUGAUGAAUGCCAGCAGCUUCUGGGGCACCUUCGAUCUGUUGCUGGGCCGGGAAGCACAGAAGCACGGCGGCCAGGAUGCGCUCAAGGUCGGAACGUGGAUGUCGGCGUACGCCGGGGUGCGGAAACAUGGCGUUGGGCACGGUGACGACAGCGGUGGAUUCGGCUCGACGGGCAGCGAUUUCACGUCACUCUCGACGGCCGGCAGUGUUGGUAGUGGUGGUGGAGGUGGUUCUCUGAAUUUCCCAUCGAUUUUUCAACAAUCGGUCGGCGGCAAUCAGCUGAUUGGAGCCGAUCAAAACAAUUGCGAUUUGAAUGGCAGUGGAGGUGGUACCGCUGGAGGGGACUGCAAAGGCAAGGGCCGCAAAAAGCUACGAUUGCUGAAACCGAAGCUCAAGCAGCUGCACGAUAUGGAAGUGCUGCCAGUCGAGUACAUGGGGCCGAAGAUCGAGUAUACUGUGAACCUCCCACGUGUGACCGCCCAGCUGGAAAAACUGAUGGGGACCAAUGUGGUACGCCUCACGGAUCGGAAGUACAUGCAGGAGCUGCAACGUCGCAUCCAGCAAGAUUACAAUGUCACCCUAGAGAAACGGAUCAACGAGCGUGAGGCAAAGGAGCUCGAAAGGGAACGGAACCUGAUCCUUUCCGGAGCCGGAGAUUCCAUUCCCGAAGACUUGAGCAGCUCGGUUUUCACCGUUAACAAGAAAACCAACCAACAUAUCUGCAACAAACGCGAGAAGCUCAAAACCAUCCGGGAAAAGAAUGCCGAACGAUUGAUAAAGCAGGGCCUCCGGUGGGAGAGGGAACGCCUCCAGAUGGAGGACUACAACCGGCAGAAGGAAAUCGAGCGCCGGUCCCGUCGGGAGGCCUUGCUGGAGAAGGAAAAGCUCUACAUGAUUGAGGAUAACGAGCGAGCAUUGAACCUGCUGCGGAUGAAAACGAAGAAAGGUCCCUGCCGGGACAUGGAUCUUCGGUCUCUGCUGAUGCAGCAACGUGUAGAACUGGGCGAAAAGAUCCAGCAGCGUGAUUUCGAUUUGAACGAUGAUAAACGGAUGGACUCCGAUCGGAGCAAGGAGAAGAAGCAACGUCAAAAGAAGCAUGCCGUCAAGAAGCGGGACGGAGCGGAAGGGCAUAUUUCCUCGCCGGAAGAAGGCUACAGCUCGAUGAAUCAGCCGGAGAUGGCAAGCGAUCUGGAGACUUCGAUUAUGAUCAAGAUCGAAAAGGAUAGUAAGGAUUCUGGGGACGAUACGGAUCCGCUGGACGAUGCCAGCAGCCAGGUUGAGGUUUCCGAGGGAGCUGGUGGGUCCGAAGCGGAAGAUGCCGAUACCAGUGAGGCAGUGGAUGCAGUGGAUGUAGUGGAGGCUUCUGAAGCGGAGGCUAUGAAAGAAGAGAUGAACAAAGCGUUGGAGAAGAAGAAGGUCAAGAUACGGAAUGAGGAUCCGAAAAUUACCAGAUUGAAGGAGGCAGAUACUGUUAAUGAAAUUUACAGCAUCGCGGAUGAAAUCAUUGUCCUGGAAAAGAAGAAGACCAAGAAAGGUUUUGGAAUGAAGUAAGUACGGGUUGUUCGAUAGCCUCGCAGAAUUCUAGUCCGUGAAUGUGCUUGAUGGGCGCAUCUAAAAUUGAUUGUGAUAAUAUGAAUGAAACAAGGUAGAUUAGUUGAGUUUGUAGAAUAAACGAUGUUGAUCAUU